AUGACCCCGUGUCCAAAGGCCUACCAGCGUAGCUUGGGAGCUACAGGAACUUCACGUCUUGGUGCCGUCGGUUCUCACAACACGCUGCGAUGGCUAGAUGAACCGCUGCGAGGUCUCACAGCAGGGAUGGCUGCGCACUAUCCUUUGGAUGACACGGGCCACACGUGGCGGCUGAAGCUUGACAAGCUGGAGGACGGCCAACGGUUCUGGUUUGGUGGUGAGGUUCCCGUGGAAUUUGUGUGCCACCCAGACUGCGCGGUUAUCGUGGAACUCGUGGCCGUGCUCCGCGCACCUGGUGUGGCUGCACCACCUGUGCAAACCACACAGGCCGCGGCGACACCGCUUCUGGCCGACCCCGGACAACCCCAGGAUUUACUGCAGAAACAGACACUGGGAUGGUUGCUUCUUCUCCCGUUCUACCAAGCGACGAGUGAGGGGCUGCUGAAAGCCGCCGCAGUGUCCGGUGAACGUCCCUGUUUGGCCUUCGAUGUGCAGUUUUUCGGAGGGCCGGGCUUGUCCAUGCUUGCCGAGGAGGUGUGGUCUGCAGCAGCUCAGGGCCCCACCACUAUUUCGACCAGGCCAGCUGAGACUGCGAAGCCCUGCCGGCCGGCACUGUCAGCCAGCAGGAUUUCAUGCAGCUUUCAGCUUUGUGGCGACCGCCUGAUGCAGUGGCUCCGGCAGCACGUACCCUUGCCGAAACCGGAAAUCCAGGAACCGCCGCCCAAGCCAAUGACCCUUCAGCCGUUGCCGUCGGUCUCGCCGCAGACGGCACUGGCAGUGCCAGCUGCACAGGGUCUUCCUUACACACCUCCGCAGUUGGCUCCAACUCAGCCAGCAAGUGCUCUGCCGGUGCCUGUUCAGGCACCAGUGCCAGGGCAAGGUCUGGCCGUUUAUCAGCCAGCUUUGGCACCUGCUUCGAUGGUGGUUCCAGCACCUGCACCAGCACCAGCACCGGUGGUGGAGAAGAUCUACCUGCGAGAUCAGGCGGUGCAGAGCGAUCCACCAGCGAUUCAAGGUGUCGACGACAACGUCAUUGGUGACGCCAAGCCCAAAGCAUCCUCCGUGGCCACUGAAACCGGACCUCCCGCCCGGCCACUCAGCGCCGUGGACAAGGCCAACCUGCUGCAAGGCACCGGCGGUGCCGGAUUCAAGCCGCCCGGGCCAUCCGUGCCCGCAGGUGAGAGUGUACCUCCCAAGCGUGAGCUUCGCUGGAAAUUCGAGGAUGAGGAUAUGCUUCAAGCAGACGAAAUAUCCUUGGAGCUCCUCACGUUGCGCAGCUUCAUGCCUACGGACGGGGAGCGAAUCUACUUCCAGUUGCGCUUUUUCCAGUUUCCACCGGUGAGGACGGCACCAGCAGCAUUGUCUGGCAAGCCAGGGGAAGCCUGCCUCUUGCGAAGUGCCGUCACCAACGAGCGGCUUGCCAUGGUCUUUCACAUGGACGGCUAUGUGAACGGCUCGGUGGCCACGUCCGCUGCAUCCGUGCAUCGUCACUUGGUGAAUUAUCUCAGUGCCCGCAGUGCGGACAUCGAGAUUUGGAGCGCUGAAUCUGGCAUGCAUAUCGGGUCGACAUCAGUACCUCUUGAGAUGUUGGUCAGGCAAGGACAUCAAGUUGCGAAGGUGGAGGCUGAAUACGCGGUUCUGGAGCCUUUGUCAGGUGAGCCCAAGGGAACGCUGCGGAUGCUGCUAGUAAAUCGUGGCCGCACACCGACUCCGUACCAGCACUUAAACUCCAACAACCUCCCGUCACCACCUCCAGAUGACAAAGGCCCUCAGCCACCGCCUGCACCUUCUCCUCCUCGUGGAAGGACCCGCCACAAAGUGUCAGCUCUGAUCGAGCCCGGUUCAGAGCUUCAUGGUGCACAAAACCUAACAGGCCAGGCCACCGUGGCUGAAGAGCUCAGCCAGCGGAAGCACGAGAGGCUAAAGCAGCUGCGCAUGCUUCGCAAAUCAGAUCUGCAAGCAGAUCCUUUUUCCAACCACUCUGUGCUUCUGGCGGCAGCAGAGUCUGCCCGACAGGAGCGCAAGAAACAAGAGGUUGCGAGAAGGAUGGACCGCUUCAACACGACACAGCAGUCUCUCACCGCGAGUUUUGCUACUCCCUCAUAUUUCUUUGUGGACUUCACCAACCCGUAUGGGCAGCAGGCAGUCUUCUCGGUCCUGGUGACUGGGGACAAGCCGCGAGCACCGGAAGUCUUGCCUGCAGUACCCCCACAGCAGCCGCUACAAGGAGUUCUCAUGGAGAUGCCCGAGCAGGCCCUGAUGCUGGUCAAAGACCCAGAGGAAUGGCGGCGGCUCGUGUCGCUCGGCGUUGUGCCCACAGCACCUUCAGGCGACUUUUCACGCUUGGCUGCGGGAUCGUUCGUUCUCAACCCCAAGGAAAGCAUCAGCCUGCCCUUCCGUUACUUGGAUUUCAACUUCCCGGGCGUCGACACGACAGCCCAGCUGGCCCCUCCUAGCGGCCUCCGCUUGGCUGAUGUGGCUGCGGUGGUUGCAGGGCCAAGCAGAAAAGAUUUCCGGGUAGAGGUAGCUUUGGAUCAUGGUCCCGUGAUGCGAUGCGUGGAGGUGUCGGUUGUUUCGCAGCCCACCUCAAUCGACCGGACGGUGCGCUUCUUCGAGGCUGAGGGCACCGCGGCCGAGAAGGCAGUGGCACUGCCGCCGUCGCCGGACCCGUCAGCUGGUAGUUGCUACGUGUACUGCACCAACAGAGAUGUUCAUGUGCAACGGAAGGAACAGGAGGAGGUCUCCUUGCGCUUCAUCGCUCCUCAAUCACCCAAUGUGUUGUCCUUCUUCCUGGUCUUUUACGCGGAUCCGCAUUUUAGCCAAGUUGUGGCCAUCCAACUGAUCGACAUCCAAGCCUUGCGAACUGAGCGGAUCCGUCUCGUGGUGGGCCAAAGCGUCGAGCGUGCCAUCUGCCUGGCACCGGCGGAGGUCCUGGAUGCUGGUGCCGUUCGGUUGCAUUCUUCAAACUCCGAGGUCGUUGCUGUGCAGCACACAGCAGAGGUGGAUCCGCGCUAUGGGGUGAAGUUCACAGUUCUGAUCACGUCCAUGCAGGUUGGAAGUCGCGCCUGCCGCUUGCAUGCUGUUGAUCCUGCGAUGCGGCGACUCGUUGCUGCACUCCUUGUCGUGGUUGCAGCAGAUCCUCCAGAAGUCAAGAUGGUGCACAGCAUCACUCUGCCCGUCCUAACCGCCGUCCGCAAGCGCCUCCUUUACAAGAACGAGGCAGUCCGGCCAAUCAAGUACAUCGUGCGAUGUUCCGAACCAGCCCUGGUGACAGUGCAGUCCCCAGAGCUGGUCAUCAAUUCACUGGACACGCGAUGCAUCGAACUCUUGUUUCAUGCCGUUCCUGCUACGCUGUCCUACAAUGCUGAGGUCUUCCUUUUCAUUACUUCGGAAGAUCGCGCAAUUCACGAGACUCGCAUGCUGGAGCUUGCCUACACGUGA